UUCCAGGGGUUAGACUGCGGUCAUUCUUCUUGGUAACUGGGAGUGUACUUCUGGGCAACUGGGAGAGGAUUUAAUAACAGAUGAUAAUUAUAAAAUGAUAAUGAUAAUAGCGGGGCUGUGAUGUUGCCUAUGGACUCAUAUGCAGGAUUAUGACUUUUAAAGGAUUAUUACAUAAUAAUAACUCAUUAUGUCAUAAUUUUAGGAAGAAAUUUCAAAAUUUUGAGUGAUGUUGAAAUAGGACCCAUCAUCAGUUGAGCUAUAUGCUAACUGCUGUGUCUCCGCCCCCUGAAGUUUCCCCUCGAGGUAGAUGAUGGACUACGAGCGACCCAACGUGGAGACCAUCAAGUGUGUGGUGGUGGGGGACAACGCCGUGGGGAAGACCCGGCUCAUCUGUGCCCGGGCCUGCAACACCACCCUCACCCAGUACCAGCUGCUGGCCACACACGUCCCCACCGUCUGGGCCAUCGACCAGUACCGCGUCUGCCAGGAGGUCCUGGAGCGAUCCAGAGAUGUGGUGGACGAGGUCAGUGUGUCUCUACGGCUGUGGGACACAUUUGGAGAUCACCACAAAGACAGGCGCUUUGCUUACGGCCGGUCAGAUGUGGUGGUGCUCUGCUUCUCCAUAGCCAACCCUCACUCUCUGCACCACGUGAAGACCAUGUGGUCCAUGGAGAUAAAGCACUUCUGCCCGCGGACCCCCGUCAUCCUGGUGGGCUGCCAGCUGGACCUGCGAUACGCUGACCUAGAGGCUGUGAACCGGGCCAGAAGACCAAUGGCCAGGCCUAUAAAACAGGGAGACAUCUUGCCACCGGAAAGCGGCCGAGAGGUGGCCAAGGAGCUGGGGAUCCCCUACUAUGAGACCAGCGUCUUCGACCAGUUUGGCAUCAAGGACAUCUUUGACAACGCCAUACGAGCCGCUCUCAUCUCACGGCGCCACCUGCAGUUCUGGAAGUCUCACCUGCGCAAGGUCCAGAAGCCCCUCCUCCAGGCGCCCUUCCUCCCCCCAAAAGCCCCUCCCCCGCUCAUCAAGAUCCCGGAGGUGGUCCCCAGGAGCCGGUCUCGGGGGGCCCGCCUCCUGCUGGACAGCCCGCUGUGUGCCGACGUCCUGUUUGUCCUGCAAGACCACACUCAGCUCUUUGCCCACAAGAUCUACCUGUCCACGUCCUCGUCCAAGUUCUAUGAUCUCUUUCAGAUGGACUUCUCGGACGAGUCCCAGUGUCUGGUGGUCACAGAGAGACACGGCAGGGACCAUCUCAUGAGGACGCUCAGUUUGGACACGGAGGAGGAGGUGGCUGUGCUGCCGAACCUGUCCCCCUGCUCACUGAGGGCUUCCAAGAGCGACGGCACCUUGCGGAUGAUGAGUUUCAGCGGGAAACACCGGCGCACCAAGCUGUCCCUGGCCUCAUGGAGCAAGGCUUUCUACAGCAUCCACAAGGAGAACAUACCAAACCCUGUCACAGACACCCUGGCCCCCAUGACCGUGGUCAAGAUGGACUAUUCCAUUCAGCUUGGCCCCUUCAGUGCAGUGCUGAGGUUUCUGUACACGGGGGAGCUGGACGAGAAAGAGAGGGACCUGAUGAAGAUAGCCCAGAUCGCGGAGGUCCUGGAGGUGUUUGACCUGAGGAUGAUGGUUGAGAACAUCAUGAACAAAGAGGCCUUCAUGAACCAAGAGAUCACCAAGGCGUUCCAUGUCCGCAAGGCCAACCGCAUCAAGGAGUGCCUGACCAAGAACACAUUCACAGAUGUCACGUUUCGAUUGGAUGACGGCACCAUCAGUGCCCAUAAGCCCUUGCUGAUCGCAAGCUGUGAUUGGAUGGCUGUUUUAUUCGGAGGGUCCUUCAUGGAAAGCUGCAACAAUGAGGUGGUGUUCCCGAACACCAGCCGCGUGUGCAUGCAGUCGGUGCUGGAGUACCUGUACACAGACAGCCUGUCCCCCGGACCAGAGCUGGACCCCAUGGAGCUGACUGCUCUGGCCAACAGACUGUGCCUGCCUCGACUCACGGCACUCACAGAACAAUACACCGUCACUGAGCUGAGCAGAGCUGCCAGAGCAGGACAGGAUGUUGAUGGAGAUGUGCUCACCUAUCUUGAGCUGGCUCAGUUUCACAAUGCAAGCCAACUUGCAGUCUGGUGUUUACACCACAUAUGUACCCAUUACAACAGCGUGUGCGCAAACUACCGCAAAGAGAUCAAGUCCAAGUCUCAAGAGAACCAGCGGUACUUUGAGCGGCACCGCUGGCCACCCGUGUGGUACCUGAAAGAGGAGGAUCACUACCGGCGCGCCAGGAAGGAGCGGGAGAAGGAGGAUCUGGUGGCCAACAAGCACCAGCACCGCCGCCGAUGGUGCUUCUGGAGUACCUCGCCCACUGUGGCCUAACCGCUCGGACCAGGAAGCACCUUUAGGGUCAAAGGGCAAGGGUCAGGGCAGGGGGACAGACACAUAGGUGACACAGGGGUGUCUGCAAUGGUUAUAUGGUUUUUAAGCUCCACGUUCCCUCCAAUUAUUUUCCUUAUGGUUCCCUCCCUGCUGUAACGUGUUCAGGUAUAAAAUCCUCUCCUCAGCGGUCAAAAGACGGUUGCACCAAAACAUUUUCAGUGGACAGAACAGCAAAACAAAACUAAAACUGUGAGACCGAUCCUCUCGCCUUUAGAACUAAACUACAACAGUCCCUCCAGCACGCCACAAUCACUCCCCUCCUGGUUAAAAGCACAACUACUUUGGAGUAAAACCAUCUACAAAAAGGAGUUUAAGAUGUACUAGAUAUUUACUUUGCAAACUAACAGUGGCUUUCUUAAAACGUCACUUUGUUGUUGAUUGUGUAGUAUUCAAUACCUCCUCGUUGGGGGAAUCUCCCAAGCCAAACCCAGGUCGGGCUUAGUCCGAUUUCUGUUGAUAUAUUCAAGCAUCGGAAUUGUACUUAUCGGAGGGUUUCUAUCAUGUGAUCUGCAUUUCCGUAAAAUAAGAUCAAGGUGGCCAUCUUGGUGCUUCUUGACCAAACAUUUUAGAAUAAUGAAGCCUUGAGUUGUUUUAACUGCUGGGGUUAUUCUAGUACUGUACCGGAGCAUAGUGUCUCUAGUAGCUGCUCACCAAACACCAUCCCUGGUUCUCCUGAUGUUUCGUCCAUGUUUUGGGAUGUGUGAACAGUACCUAUACGUCUCGCAACCGUACCAUCACACUCAAAGUAACCGAAAGCACCCAAUAGUGCAUCACCACUUGAAAAGUAGAAGUUCCUAGGUCUACCUAAGAAGUAAGUUCCUUUCACAUCACUCUUAAAGCCCUACCGUUGUGUGACCUUUAGGGAAUUAACAGUCUACAUGAACACACAGCAAGCUGCACAUCGUGAAUACUUUACACUGAUGAUACAAUCACCACUGACUCCUAAAUGUGUGGAAACUACAGCAAAAUCCUUCAGGCUAGUGCAUGUUUCGACUGUUAACUGAAUGAAGGCAAGGCAUUCAAAUAGUUUUGGAGCUUAUUUUCCGCUUGCUUACACGUAUAUACUGUGAACACACUCUUUAUCAGCAUUAAAAUAUGCAAGCAGUUCUUUACACUUUUUGUGUAAAUAAUUUGGUCUAUAAAUUCAGAUGUUUUUCUAUUUGCCAACCCCCAAAUAAAGAAUCAGGCCAUAAACAUACGGCUUAGUACACUAGCCUUAAAGGGUGCUCUCGGUAAGAUUUAAGAACUAUUCGCCAUGAACUGUUAACACCAGACUGAUCUGCAGAGAGAAACAGAACGUAAACGGGCGAGAUCAGGCCAGACUCUUGAGGCCAGGCCUGGUGGGCCAUGCCUCCAGCGCUGUGUUUAUCAGUAGAAGGGCUUAGCAGCUAUCAGGAUCAGCUGUUCAGGGUUUAACUCAAAACAGGCCCUGCCUACAUAACAACACAACGGACACGAGCAGCAUGUACACAUGACUGCUGAGAUGCACGCACCACCACGCACACAUACAUAUGCGCACGCACACACACACUCCCACAUCUAUGACAUCUUCCACUAUUAAAUACUCUACACAAGAUUUAAAUGGCAUCAAUAAAAAAAAGGCAAAGCUUAAAUAUUCAUUUGCAAUAAGCGUAAAGGAAAUAUUUACUGUGAGUGUGCGCUUAUAAAGCUCAGACUUUACAAAGCUCAUCUUUCCAUCUCUAUAGCUCACCGUAGUACUCACCAUAGUUUCUUAUAAACUUACAAAAUGACUACUACUAAAUGUAAUGUUUAGCAGUUACAUACUGUAUAUGUAACUGAAACAUACGUGUAUGUAUAUCUUUAACCAGUCGGAGGAUGGAUGGAUGUAUGGAUAGAGGGGAAAAGGGAAGAAAGGGUAGACGCAGUAUUCUGGACAGAACUGCUCUUUGACCUCGUACAUGGUCCUUCUACUGGAUAGCUUGGAGGCUAUAUGUGUAUGUGCUGGCUAUAGAUGUGUGGCUAUAUAGUGGGAUUGUAUAUGUUACUCUACGCUACAAUAAGAACAUUGAAGGAACAGCGAGCCCUGUGUUGGAUCCGCUCGGUGAAGCCAAAUUCAAGUGUAUGUCUUGUAGUUAUGGAAUUAUGCGAUUAUGGAAACUGUAAUACAUUGCUAUGCAAUGUGUUGGGUUUUGAUUCGAUGUUAGCACAGUUGCGUUACAUGUUGUAUACUAUAUAUACAAGAGAGUCCAUUAUUUCAAUCAUUCUAGAAAUAAAUUCUAAAAAAGAAUGUUUAUUUAGCAAAUAUUUAUUACACAUUAUAUAUCAUAAAUAUCUUAUGAAUUGUCAUUAUCUAGUCUACAUUUUAAGGCUACUAGCUGACAUCUUUGCUGUUGCAUAUUUGUAGUUCUGUCUAGUGUGUCAACAACCAAUUGACAUUAGAAGUGUUAUUUUACUGGUAUGAAGCAAUUUUUCCUGACAAUAUGGUGGGGCGGGUAAUGAAAUGUUGGUUGAUUCUACUUUCCACUCUGUCUUUGGCUUCUAGGAGCUAAUGGAGACUGUAGCUUAACAAACCAACCCCGCGAAGGGGCAGAAAGACAUGAAAGUCCAAUGUUUAGGUCCCCUCUGAAAAUGACAGAUAUGUUAUCGUAUUGUUUUCAGAGGUCUAUUACGAUAUUGUGCGGGUGCAUCAGGUUGAUACAAUCGGUCAAGUGAAGGAGGAUAAAAACUGAAUGUCUGAAUGCGUGUCCUUGUAAUAAGUAGCACCAAGUCACCAACCUCAAGGUGUCUUUAGCAGACAUUAACGUAACUAAUAAUAUGCUUAAGGGUAUAGUUACAUGCUGAAGGAGCCACAGCAUCAGAAUUGAUAUAUGGCUGCCCUAGGGGACACACGAGACCAGAUGCUGUCUAGCUCCCCCAUCUGCGUCUAACACACUUGAAAACAUCCUCACUGGCUUACAGAUUUGAUACUUGAACCAAACAUCAUGAACAACUGCAGUAUGCACUUCACUUCUGUUCGUUUUUUGUUCCAACCAAGCAAUCAAUAAAUGUAACGUGAAAUGUGUUACCAUGUAACCAUAAGCUGUAAUGGUUAUGUUCUUGGGGGUCACUCAACCUUCUAUCCGACAAGGUUUUGCAGAUUUUUGCCGAAAGGGCAGAAAUUAAACAAGACUAAUUAGAGUAUGUUGCAAUUAAAAAGUGCAUAUUUGUAGGAUAGAAGUGAAGUCACCCCUGUGAUAUUUGAAUGUGAACGGGGCGCAAGAUUGUAGACACAGAGAAUAUUUUAAUGAUCCUUGGUUCUCGACUUGAUAGCUGUAGAUUAUAUCAUCCGUGGUUCUUGGUAUGUACACUCCCAUUGACAUGUGUGCACAGUACACACACGCACAUCAUAUGUAUUCAUACACCGGCAGAUGUAGAACUGCUCCUGCACCCAUACAGACCCACACACUUCUAUCGCUAUUCACAGAGAGACCACAUAGCGUCACACAUCACUGAAUAUGUGUUGACUGAUUUUAUGUUAAAUUUAGUUUGAGAAAAAGUUAGCUCAUGUAUCACCAAAUUGCUGGUCUUCAUUGGGUUCCUGUUAUUAUAUAAAUGCCUUUGAUCCCGACAGUCCUUAUCCUUAUCAAUGUUGUUUUAUGUAGGCCUAUUAAUUUAUGUAUGUCU